GAGAGAGAGAAAAAUACAUCUGAGAAUCUGAGAAUCCCAUCAUCAUCGGAGCCAGCCACCAUGAGAUCCAAAGGCAGGGCACGGAAACUGGCCACAAGUGAUGACAGCCUGUAUGAUGGGUAUGCAGCAAGCACAGCAGAAGAGGAGCCGAAUGCUGAUGAUGAGACAGGGCAUCUGUCCCUCAGCACCCACGAUCUUUCCUCGCCUGCCACCUCAAUUGAAGACUUUACACCAAAGGAGGGCUCGCCUUACAAAGCUCCCAUCUACAUUCCAGAUGACAUCCCCAUUCCACCUGAAUUUGAGCUCCGUGAGUCAAGCAUUCCUGGUGCUGGAUUAGGAAUAUGGACUAGGAGAAAGAUUGAAAUGGGUGAAAAGAUUGGCCCUUACGUUGGAGAAGAGUUGUCGAGCCUGAAGGAUCCUUCUCAAGGCUGGGAGGUUUUGGACGAGUUAGGCAAUGUAAAGUUCUGCAUCGAUGCCAGCCAGCCUGAUAUAGGGAGCUGGCUCAAAUACAUCAGGUUCGGACGGAGCUAUGAUCACAACCUAGACGCAUGCCAGAUAAAUGAUCAGAUUUUUUACAGAAUUAUCCGAGACGUUAGCCCAGGGGAGGAGCUCUUGGUGUUAAUGAAGAGUGGAGGCUACCCACCAGAAAUAAUGGCUCCAGAGAUACACGAGGAGCAUGAAUAUCGCUGUGAUGAGUGCAAUAAGCUCUUCGAGUGCAAAGCAGAGCUGCUGGACCACCAGAAGUUUACCUGCAGCGGUUCCCCCACCGCAUUCUCCAUGGUAGACGAAGACUUCAAACCAAAACUGAAUGGGGAAGAUGAACUUCACGAGUGUAAGGAGUGUGAAGGAGUCUACCCAGAUGCUCAGAGCCUGGACAGCCACCUGCUGACACACACAGAGGAGAGAGAAUACAAGUGUGACCAAUGCCCCAAAGCCUUCAACUGGAAGUCGAACCUUAUUCGUCACCAGAUGUCCCACGACAGUGGCAAGCACUAUGAAUGUGAAAACUGCUCCAAGGUUUUCACAGACCCCAGCAAUCUGCAGAGACACAUUCGCUCACAGCAUGUCGGGGCUCGGGCCCACGCCUGCCCGGAAUGUGGAAAGACAUUUGCCACUUCCUCGGGUCUCAAGCAGCACAAGCACAUCCACAGCAGCGUCAAGCCAUUCAUCUCAUUCUCUCAACCGAUGUAUCCAUUCCCCGAUAGAGACUUAAGUGCUGUACCCUUAAAAAUAGAGCCCCAGUCACCCAGUGAGCUGAAGAAGCUGAGGGGGGCAAAUUCCGAGUCGCCCUUUGACCUCACAACCAAACGCAAGGAGGAGAAGCCAGUGCCACCCGUGACCUUAAAGCCACUGACUUCUCACCAUGCAAGUGAAGAGCAGCCACUGGACCUGAGUAUGAGCAGCAGAAGCCGGGCCAAUGCAAGCACCCUGGUGGCGCCAAGAAAGAACCAUGUGUUUGGGGAGAGGAGGGGCUCCAGUAUCGAGCAAGCCAAGAGCUCUGACCAUUCACUGCAACAUGCCAAACCAACCCCUUUCUUCAUGGAUCCUAUAUACAGAGUGGAAAAAAGGAAACUAGCUGACCCAGUUGAAGGACUAAAAGAGAAGUACAUGAAGCCUGCUCCCAGUUUCCUAUUCCAUCCACAGUUCCGCUUGCCAGAUCAGAGAAUUUGGAUGUCAGCGAUUGAGAACAUGGCGGAGAAGCUGGAAGGUUUCAGUUCAUUGAAGCCAGAAGCCAACGACCUCCUCCGCUCCGUCCCCUCAAUGUUUGAUUUUAGGGCUCCCCCGUCUGUCAUUCCAGAGAGCCUGCUGCGAAAGGGCAAGGAACGGUAUACCUGCAGAUACUGUGGCAAGAUUUUCCCAAGAUCUGCAAACCUGACCCGACAUCUUCGGACACACACUGGAGAGCAACCUUACAGGUGUAAAUACUGCGACCGCUCCUUCAGUAUCUCCUCCAAUUUGCAGCGGCAUGUGCGCAACAUUCACAACAAGGAAAAACCAUUCAAGUGCCACCUCUGCGACAGGUGCUUUGGUCAACAAACCAACCUGGACAGACAUCUGAAGAAACACGAGAACGGAAACAUGUCAGGGACUGCAACAUCUUCACCUCAUUCAGAAAUAGACAGUAGCAGCGCCAUUCUGGAUGACAAGGAGGAUUCCUACUUUACAGAAAUACGCAAUUUCAUCGGAAACAGUAACCACACUGAAUGUUCCCCAGGGCACUUAGAGGAGAGAAUUAAUGGGAGUCACCACGGGGAGAAAAAUCUCAUGGCUAGUCAGAAAAUUCGUGAAUUGGAUGAUGAUGAUGGAGAAGACGAAGUGGAGCUGGAGGAAGAGGAAAUAGCCUGCACCCCAAUGAGAAAACCGACCAGUGAUCCAGUUGCUUGUAAGCUGGAUGGAGGAAAUCAAGAUGGUUCUGAAUAUGAGGCAAGGGAACCAGAGCAGGAUAACAAGGAGUCUUCUAGCAGUUUUAAAGCAGAUGAUGUGAGGCUUGAAAACAAGAGUAGUCUUUCUGCCUUGGAACACAUCCGGCACUUCACAGACAGCCUCAACACAAGGAAAGCCGAGGGCAGCCAGUUUGUUGAGGCCGAUCUGAACACAUACAGCACUACCCAUCUGUCUGAGGAUCUGAAGCAGCCCUUGUACAGGAAAUCCAAGUCACAGGCAUACGCCAUGAUGCUAUCUCUGUCCGACAAGGAACCUAUCCACUCCUCGCCCCACAAUGCUCCCAAUAUGUGGCACAGUCUGCCGAGACCUGCAACAGAGCCCAGCACCCUGCAGUCCAUCAGCCAUGUAUGACACUUCGCAAUAACCGGAUGGGACCAAGUCCAGCGGCAUACAUAGCAUGGCAUUCCUUUCAUUUUGAUUCUCUUAUUUUUAACCCUUUCCUUUCGUGUCUAUUUAUAGAGAGAGACUCCUGAGCAGAGAGCCUUAGAAAUCUGCUGGGUCACCCCGAUCGGAAUUUUGUGACCUUAAACUGACAGUUUAAAAAAAAAAAAGAAUUGUAUUUAUUCUCCUAGUAUUUUGUUUUGCACAGCGAAGGCAGCUGCGUUGUUG